ACUUUGGCGGUCCAGUUGGUGAUCGUCAUUGCCUUCGCACGGUGUGGUACACGCAGCGUAUACGUUUUGGGCGCCCGCGCGCUUACGCCUCAUGGUGUGUCGUCGGUAGAAAAAAAAAAUCAGUUAGCCGGUUUGCAAUAGUAUUAGAUGUGAUAAUCAAUGACAUUUUACCUUGAUUUCUAGUUUUUAUAUUCUAGAAUCGGAAACAAUAAAAAAAAUCAAACGCCGCACAGUACACACGUGAAAAAUCCGAUCAGGUUUGGAAAUUACCCUCAUUUUUAAGGGUUUUCAGAAAAAAAGAUACUCGUGUGGUGAAAUCUGCUAGCAGAAUGUAAUGGACUACUUUUAGCAACUUAAUUAAAAUAAACUCAUCAAUUUGUGAAAAUUCGAAAUUGUGUAUUUCGAAACAUCUGUGCUGAUUAAAUCAAUUAAUGAAUGAUUAAUUCAACCAUAAUAGUUCACAAAAUUCAAUUCUAUGGUCUAAUCGACUAGAUGAAUCGGUCGCGUGGAUGAAUUAUAGUCUAUAGACCUCAAAAACAAUGGAGUUUAUGUAACGAUUGAACGAGUUCACACAAAUGAAUGGGCCGACAAUUUUCGUGGGGUUGGCCAUACUUGUGAUGUUUGCCAACUCCGGUUCUUGUUGUCAACUUUCUGAGUUCAUGUGCGAGACGGGAUACUGUGUGCCCCUAGAUAAAUUCUGCAAUGGGUACGACGAUUGCGGAGACAAGUCUGAUGAGCCUCCUUACUGUUCGCCAUGCAAUCGGACGUACUACGGUGAAGUGAGUAGAACAUACGAGCUGGAAGUCCGAAGACCAAGAGAGGACCGAUUGCCAUUCUUGUGCUUUUUGAACUUUACGGCUGCCGGCAACAAAUUCGGCGACAUUAUACAAUUGACAUUUGACACAUUCACAGUUGGAAGAUUCGUGUCAUAUACAUCAGAUGGAUGUCCAGAUGGUUACAUGUCGAUUAGAGAAUCACAAUUACCAGAUACAGGCGGUCAAUGGUGUGGUAGCGCUUGGGGAUUUACAGUUUAUUACAGUGAAACCAAGUCAAUAAAUCUGACUCUCAUUCUCAGUAAACUUUCAGAACAGGGAAUCGGGUACAACUUUGACUUUAAAUUGUCCUACAAGUUUUUGAAGAAAAGUGAAGCACAUUUGCGAUACGGCAACAAUACAUUUCAAACGUGGCGGGGUCAGAUGAUAGUAGGAAGCUACUGUGACAGAAUACUAGAUCAGUGUGACCGGAAACCAUGCCGAGUGCAAUCGCCCAAUUAUCCUGGAGCAUAUCCUAGAAACGUCACUUGUUAUUAUCGCAUCGAACAAAGAACGGCCCCGAAAUCCAAAAGAGCUUUAAUCGUAGUCAGACAACCCAACGCCCACAAGAUUCAUAUAAAAGAUCAAGUCAUCAACUACGAUAGAAGUCAACGAACCCUCAGGGUAUGGGAUCAGUGCAAUGUCAUUCAAGAUUACCUGACUGUGUACGAUGGGUCUUUAGCCACAGAUCCAGUUUUAGUGAGACUAUGCGGUGGAGAUGUAGUACCAGACAUUGUCAGUUCGGGCCCAAACAUGUUAUUGGAAUUCCACACCUCCGCUUACGACAAUCCAUUUCAUCCAGUGCCACUAAGCUAUUUACCCGGAUUUGAAUUGGAUGUAGAAAUAUUAUUCGUGGACAAUAAGUCGCCUAGCUACGCACAAAAUACCAGCCAGUGUGAAUUCUUCAUAAGACCACUCAAUAAUACCAACUGGGGUCUUUUAGAUAGUCCUAAACAUUCGUUGCCUCCAAACACUUCGUGCAAAUACCAUUUUCAAGGAUUUAGUCAUCAAACUGUAUGGCUAUCUUUUAUUAAAUAUCAUGCAGCUAGCACCGAUCCUAAUGCUUACCACUUAAGUAACGAAUGUAACGCAAGGCUUCGUAUUUGGGAUAAAGUCACAUCACCUAAAACCAAAAAGGCCAAAAACGUACUGUUGGGUGAAUUUUGCAAGGAACAAGAAUUGCCUCAUUUAUGCGAUCACGCUCUAUUGGGUAAUGACACCAGACAUGUUAGACCGUGCGGUUCUAAAGAGUCAUACACGUCAUCGGGGGAUGAACUCACAGUAGAGAUAUAUCUAAAACAAGGAUCUGUACUUUUUCCUUUGCAAUUUCUGUUAAGAUACGAAUUUGUCGACCAGUCAACAGAACUUUUACAAUCAUCUGCAACAUCUGUUGUUACGAAAACAACAGUGUGUGAUAGGACAUUUACUUCCGGUGCUGGUUCCUUUGGGUCACCUAAAAAUGUCUUUUUCUAUGGAAGAGGUGGCCGCCGGAACUUGACAUGUGUAUUUCGAUUUGUACCGUCCUCUGUCAAUGAAAGAGUUCGUAUUACAGUGACUAGAAUGCAUGUGGAUGAAGUCGGUAGGGCUGUUUGUUCUACCGAAACAGAUGCACGGACCGACAGAAUGCUAUGCGCAUACGCAUCCAAAGAUGGUAGUUCAAGUACUAAUGUUCGUGCUUUGUUAAACGUAUCUCAUUUUCCUUGGCCUGACAUGGAACUGCCCAUUGGAUGCGCUUGUUCUAAUCCCCGAAAACCGCACGUUAUAGAAUCGUAUCCCGGUACCACUGUUCAAGUAGAAUUUACUGUUCGGGAUAUGAACGUUACUCAAGACCACCGAGACUUCGGUUUCGCUGCAGAGUAUGCAUUUGACAAAGUACCCGGACAUAUGGCGGUUUCCUGUCUAUCAUUAAGUAAAAAUAGACGAUUACAUGGACCAGGAGGGAUCAUUCAACUGGAUGCCGGUAAUAACGGUCACCGUGGGGUUCAAAAUUGUACCAGCUAUCCGUGGCUGAUAGAACCAUCAUCUGAUGGAAAUUGGUUACAUAGAACAGGUGGUUAUGUUUUCUUAAAACUCCGAGGGUACGAAAUUCCAAGCCAUAGAUGGCAAACUAAUUCUUUCAUGUGUGCCACACGAAACCGAGUGGUUGUGUAUUCGGGGGCAGGGGACGGGCUCAAGACAGCCCGAGUAAUAUGCCCUUUUGACUUAGGAACGGACCAUCAAGUGCGUAGCUCGUUUGAAGCGUUUUCACCGGGUUGGACUGAAACCCUUACUGACGCUCAAAAAUUGCGCACCGACUCUAGGAGUGUAGCUAUUGAGUUCCUCGAGCGAGAGUUUGGCUCAUACGCAGUUACAUGGAUGGAAGUGUCCAAAAUGCCACGAAUUAUGCCUUCAACAAAUGUUUAUGCCAUGUCUUCAAACGUAUACCCCGAAUGCGCUUACAAGUGUCCUGAUCUUAAUGCUUGCAUCAGUUCUAAAUUUUGGUGUGAUGGAAUACCACAUUGUCCAAUGGGAUUCGAUGAAGAUCCAACCAACUGUUCGAUCAGUUCCGGGAUAAUUAACUUAACGUACGUAGGAGUGCUGAUUGCCACGGCACUUGUGCUAUUCACCGUCACUGUCAUAUUGGCGGUAGCUUGUCUCAAGUAUAAAUCUAAAAGAGAUCAGCGAGCGAAAAAUGAUUGCCAUCGACGAAAAAAAGGUGGAGAUCUUAAGGCUGAUCAAACACAUGUUAAUAAACUGACGUUUUUGGAACAAAAUGGUGGUAUGAACAAGCGAUACCCAUCAUCGUCUGACGAUCUGUACUUAGAAUGCAAAGACAGUGUGUGUUGACAAAUUGACGAUGAUCCUGUGGAAACCACAGUUUGAAGUCCGGUUGACGCCACCGGAAAUGUGUUGACCAGGUUCAUUUUAUGGCUAAUAUUCAUUCACGGUACAGGAUAGCUCAAGUGUGAUUACUUCACAAACUUAUGUCAGAGAAAUGAACAUCGAAUUAGUUUUGCAAUGAAUAUCAACUACUUUACUCCAUGUUUUACUUGUGAUGCAAUCUUAUUAAAGUACUUUUAUAAAAAUAUCCCAACACUAAUAAUUUAUUCAACAUAAAAAAUAACUUAUAUUUGUAAUGCUUAAAAAAUGUCACGCUACUCAAUUAACAAACUCAUCUAAAAUUUCCUUUAUUUUUAAUUAUUUUUCAUACAAUUUUUGUUAUUUUACUUCAAAAAAGUUUUUUUAAUAGGUUAUAUUCAAUAAAAAAAAAAAUGAAACACUUCUUUAUAUCUGCCAAUUCUUAAGUUACGUGAGUUUUCUACUCAUAUGAUAAUAUUCCCCCAUUAUAGCAAAAUAAUUUUAUGUACAUAUUUUCAAAUAAUUCAAUUAAAAGUUUUACCUUUAUGUAUAAGAAAUAUAAAUUAAAAAUAUAUUUCAAUAAUUUUAUUUUCAACAUAAUAUGCAAAAAAUUUGAUCAGCUAUUUAUUUGGAAUCGAAUUGAAAAUGAAGUUAUUAAUUCACAAAUAUUGUAAUGAGACAUUUAUUUGUAAAUAAAAUUUGAAUUUUAUUUUUAAAUAUUGUUUUAUUUUAUUUUCUGGAUUGUAAAAAUGUAUCGUAACAGUCAUUAUAAAUAUGUUACCUUAUUAUUAAAUACAAACUUUAAUGUUUGAGUUUAAAUUGUUGAAUCGUCUCGAUAGUUUGAAUUAAGGUCAAACGAAUUUAUUUAAGAUAUUUAUUGUAUAAUUUUUUAUAUUUGACUGUGGGGUCUAUAAAGCAAAAGAUGUUGAUGAAAAUUUAUAUUUGCUUACUUUCAGGGUUAUUUAAAAACCACAAUAUGUGUAGGUAAUAAUAGAUGUAUAAUAAAAUUUCGAUAGCAAAGUACAGGGGCUAUUUGAUAGUUGGAGUGUAGUAAUCCCCAAAUGUUUAUCAAUGUCAUUAGUGAUCGGCAUACAUAAAAUGAAUUGUGAAUUUUUUUUUUCUUACCAUGGUACUUAAGUUGGCAAAUUUAUCAACCCUCUAAAAAUAAUCUUUUGGAUCGCCACUGAUGAUAUAAAGUGUUAUAUAAAAUAAAUGAUAGAUAAAAGACUUCACCUUUACUAAAUUUAUUAUUAUAACUUGUUUUUAAACAUAAUUUUUUAAUUUUCUGUAAAUAUUUGUAAAGUAAUUUGUUUUUUUAUUUUGUGCAACUUUAAUGUUACCAUUAUUGUAAUAUGUUAUAAUAUAAUACAUUUGUUUUUCAUUUUUAUUUAUACUAAACAUUAAUUUAUUAUAAUUAUUAUUACUUUUUUAAACAUUUACUAUUAACUAC